AUCGCCCGAAGUGCCGCCGGAACCAGCCGAAGUGCCGCCGGACGCACGUGGGGACCCCCGGAGGUGCCAUGUGGGCCGUGCUGGGUUGGGUGCUGGUGCUGCGGGCGCUGCACGGCGCUGCGGGCGGCCGGCCCUGCAGCCCCAAAUUCUUCGGGCGCGACGCCAUGGUGUGCGAGUGCAGCGCUGCCUACUGCGACGCGGUGGAGCCGGUGGUGCUGCCGAGCGAGGGCGGCUUCGUGAAAUACGAGAGCAGCAAAGCUGGGAAGCGGCUGCAGCGCAGCGAGGGGAGCUUCCAGCACAGAGCGGAGCCUUCAGAUCUGCUGCUGACCCUCGACGUCUCCACGCGGCACCAGCGGGUGAAGGGAUUUGGGGGCUCCCUGUCUGACGCCGCCGCGCUGAACAUCCUGGCGCUGCCCCAGCCGGCUCAGGAGCUGCUGCUCCGCUCCUAUUUCUCCGACAGCGGUCAGUGCUGACGUGGGGCCGUCCUGCCGCCUCCUGCCACGGCCCUGGCGCUUUAUUAUCCUACCCCUGCCAUAUCCCUAUCAUUUCCCCAUUGUAUCCCUGCCAUAUCCCUAUCAUUUCUCCAUUGUAUCCCUGCCAUAUCCCUAUCGUUUUAUUAUCCUACCCCUGCCAUAUCCCUGUUGUAUCCCUGCUGUAUCCCUGCCAUGUCCCUGUAGUUUCCCCAUUGUAUCCCUAUUGCAUCCCUGUUGUAUCCCUGCCCCAUCCCCAUUGUUUCCCUAUUGUAUCCCUGCCGUUUCCCAUCACCUCCCUGCUGCAUCCCUCCUGUAUCCCUGCCGUAUCCUUAUCAUUUCCCUGCUGUAUCCUUGCCAUAUCUCCAUUGUUUCCCUAUCAUAUCCCUGUCAUAUCUCUAUCCUAUCCCUGCCACAUUCCCUGCUGUAUCCCUCCUGUAUCCCUGCCAUAUCCCUAUCGUUUCCCUGCUGCAUCCUUGCCAUAUCUCCAUUGUUUCCCUAUCAUAUCCCUAUCCUAUCCCUACUACAUCCCUAUUGUAUCCCUGCUGUAUCCCUCCUGUAUCCCUGCCAUAUCCCUAUCAUUUCCCCAUUGUAUCCCUGCCAUAUCCCUAUAGUUUCCCCAUUGUUUUCCUAUUGUGUCCCUGCCGUUUCCCUUCACAUCCCUGCCACAUCCCUGUCAUUUCCCCAUCACCUCCCUCCUGUAUUCCCUCCUGUAUCCCUGCCAUAUCCCUGUCGUUUUAUUAUCCUACCCCUGCCGUAUCCCUGUUGUAUCCCUGCUGUAUCCCUGCCAUAUCCCUGUAGUUUCCCCAUUGUUUCUCUAUUGUAUCCCUGCCACAUCCCUGUCACUUCCCCAUCACCUCCCUCCUGUAUCCCUGCCAUAUCCCUAUCAUUUCCCUGCUGCAUCCUUGCCAUAUCUCCAUUGUUUCCCUAUCGUAUCCCUAUCCUAUCCCUGCCACAUCCCUAUUGUAUCCCUCCUGUAUCCUUCCUGUAUCCCUGCUGUAUCCCUGCCAUAUCCCUAUCAUUUCCCCAUUGUAUCCC